UCAUCUCCAUUCUCUAUUUUCAAAGUUGAGAAAGGAUUGCAAAAUUUCCAACAAAGCUUUCUUCUUUGACGGAUUCGAGCAACUCACGCAUACGCUACAAACAAGCUUUGAAGAACGUGCAAGUCUAAUUUCUUUUACAAUUCGAUUCGGCAUGGGUUCAGACCUUAAUCUUUCCGAUGAAGUUGACUUCAUCAAAAACGACAUCAAUUUCGCAGUUGAUUUUAUCGAUGCUUCACCAAAGUUGCCCGAACAGAAUGGUAGAAUCUACAUUAACAUUCAAACAAAGGAAAAGGAGAAGUUUUGCGUUGAACUGUCAAGCUCAGGAUUUAAGGUUGUUGGAAAAGACUUUGAUGACAUGAAAGAUGAAAAUGAUCACCAGAAAACAUACGAGACUGUUUAUUCCUUGCUUUCAAAUAUCAGCUCAAGUUAUGAAAGGACAUUUGGCAAUGAACUGGCCAGGAAGCUAGCAAAUCUUCAGCAGGAAACAGAAACUCAGUAGAUACUUUUUGUUGCUGCAAUUUUUAAAAUACUGAGAUUCAGAGUAUGCAGUCAAUACAUGCACCAUUUAAAAACCAAAACUUAAUUUAAAUAUGAUACCAUCUUAUUUUAUGCAGAGUGUUGCUGUUUAGAAAAUAAUACAAUAACGCAUAUUUGCUUAAAAAUUCUCCUUUUAGCGUGUUUUAGUAUUUACCAAAAUUAAUUUCUGCCCUUUUUCAUACUACCAAACUUUAUACUUCCAUUUUAAAUGUAAUUGUUUGUCUUACACAUUUCAUCACAUUUUUAUCUUUUACCAAUUUUUAACCCUUCAACUUUAGUUGAACUUUUAGUGAUAGAUUUCCAAUCCUGUAAAAAGCCUUUGUUUGUAAAAUUGUGAUUUUGGCCUCAGUUUGGAACUUUUCUCAAGUUCUUAAAUUGAUUCUUAGAUCCACUGUAUUAGGGAUUGAAUAUCUCCUAUAGCUCUAAUAUUAUAAUCCAACAGAAGGCUGAAUAUUUUGCAAGGAAUUUGAAAAUUGGCAGUAAUAGGGAAUGCAUUCUGGAAAUAGCUUCUGAAAGAUAAUAAAGUUCUGAAGUUUUCUUGAUGGAUGGACACUUUCAAAUUUUCCCUUCCUGGUAAACAAAUUUAAAACCGUGUUUUUUUCGAUAAAAAUUGAAUUUGAAGACUAAAAUUUAAUAUCUUAUAUAAAAAGGCUCAAUUUUGGCCUUUAAGUGUUUUACAGACUUUAUUUCUCAAAAAAUGGACCAGAACAGUACCUAUCAUUCGUUUUUGUAGCAGGGUCAAAACUUACCAUAGCAAAAUCAUCUCCAUUCCACAGUGCUAGUGUUAAAAGAACAGCAAACCUGGACAGUUUUGUUGCGGUUCCAAAAUUGCAUGGGACAGUGUAAAGGGAGUCUGAGUUUUCUUUAACAUGACCCAGCUAGUUGUGUGACCCAGCAAGUUACCUGAACUUGCCUGAAUUACUCUAGUGCUGUAGCUAUGGCAAUCUUCCUAGCAAUCUUUCUUUCUUGUAACAACUUACUAUUACAUACAUCAUAUUCACAUCAACAAUAACUUUUACUUGUAAAUUGUCUUUGUAAAAAUGAAUUUCUCACAUGCUG